ACGAAGAAGAAGCAAAGCAGAGGAAAUGGCGGAGAAGCUCACAGAGAAGCAGAUCGCCGACUUCAAGGAGGUCUUCAAGCUCUUUGACCGCGAUGGCGAUGGCCAGAUAACUGCCCAAGAAUUAGGUACUGUGAUGAGAUCCUUGGGUCAAAAUCCGACUGAAGAUGAACUAAAGGCUAUGAUCGAUGACGUUGAUGCUGAUUUAAAUGGAACUAUUGAUUUUUCUGAGUUCUUGAAUCUGAUGGUACACAAAAUGGAAGAUGCUGAUUCUGAGAAGGAAAUGAGGGAAGCUUUUAAGAUUUUUGACAAAGACCAAAAUGGUUUAAUUUCUGCUGAUGAGCUCCGUUCUGUGAUGGCCAAUCUGGGUGAAAAAUUGACUGACGAGGAGGUGAACGAGAUGAUAAGAGAAGCAGAUAUUGAUGGUGAUGGCCAGGUGAACUAUGAGGAGUUUGUGAGGAUAAUGUUAGGCAAGUAACCUGCUGGUCAUACGCGUAUUUUUUCUGAACAUAUGAACUUGAAAACAUUCUCAUCAUAGUAAAAUUAGUAAUUAGAACCAAUACCAUUGGUGUUACUCUCAAGGAAACAAUCUAUAUUAGUGUUCUCAUCUCAACUGUACAUAUCUCUUUCAGUUGUGGAUUAUGUCUCUCUAGUUGUAGAUAGUUUCUUUAGCCAAGAUUCAUCGAUGAUGUGCAUUGGAGGAUUUUUCUUUAGUUUGUCCAUUAGAACCUUAAAGAGUUACAAGAAAAGGUUAUAUUCUUUUUGCCAAAAUUGUGCAGUUCUUACAUAAUUGUAAUUCUCUCUUUGAUGUCCUUGCUUGUGAAUAUGUUUUUACCAAUCAUAUAUUUUUGCUUGAUUUUUUUUAGA